CGGAGGCGGGCGGGGCGCGGAGCGGAGCCUCGGCCGCGAUGCCGCGGGAGAUCAUCACUCUGCAGCUGGGCCAGUGCGGCAACCAGAUCGGGUUCGAGUUCUGGAAGCAGCUCUGCGCCGAGCACGGCAUCAGCCCCGAGGGCAUCGUGGAAGAGUUCGCCACCGAGGGCACCGACCGCAAGGAUGUCUUCUUUUACCAGGCAGAUGAUGAACACUACAUCCCCCGGGCUGUGCUGCUGGACCUGGAGCCCCGCGUCAUCCACUCCAUCCUCAACUCCCCUUACGCCAACCUUUACAACCCAGAAAACAUCUACCUGUCCGAGCAUGGAGGGGGAGCUGGGAACAACUGGGCCAGUGGCUUCUCACAGGGAGAAAAGAUCCAUGAAGAUAUAUUUGACAUAAUAGACAGAGAAGCUGAUGGGAGUGACAGUUUGGAAGGGUUUGUGCUUUGCCACUCCAUUGCUGGUGGAACAGGCUCUGGGCUGGGCUCGUACCUGCUGGAGAGACUGAAUGACAGGUAUCCCAAGAAACUGGUGGAGACCUACUCAGUGUUCCCAAACCAGGAUGAGAUGAGCGAUGUUGUAGUCCAGCCGUACAACUCUCUGCUGACACUGAAGAGGCUGACCCAGAAUGCUGACUGUGUGGUGGUUCUGGACAACACAGCCUUGAAUCGGAUUGCGACAGACCGGCUGCACAUUCAGAACCCGUCAUUCUCGCAGAUCAACCAGCUGGUCUCCACCAUCAUGUCUGCCAGCACCACCACACUCAGGUAUCCCGGGUACAUGAACAAUGACCUCAUUGGGCUGAUCGCCUCGCUGAUCCCCACGCCCCGGCUGCACUUCCUCAUGACGGGGUACACGCCACUCACCACCGACCAGUCGGUGGCCAGUGUGAGGAAAACCACGGUCCUGGAUGUGAUGAGAAGGUUGCUGCAGCCUAAAAACGUGAUGGUGUCCACAGGGCGAGACAGGCAGACCAACCACUGCUACAUCGCCAUCCUCAACAUCAUCCAGGGGGAGGUGGAUCCUACACAGGUUCACAAGAGUCUGCAGCGGAUCCGGGAGAGGAAGUUGGCCAACUUCAUCCCCUGGGGCCCUGCCAGCAUCCAGGUGGCUUUGUCCCGCAAGUCCCCUUACCUGCCGUCGGCUCACCGUGUCAGUGGGCUCAUGAUGGCAAACCACACCAACAUCUCCUCGCUGUUUGAGCGGACGUGCCGGCAGUACGACAAACUGCGCAAGAGGGAGGCUUUCCUGGAGCAGUUCCGCAAGGAGGACAUCUUCAAGGACAACUUCGAUGAGCUAGACAACUCCCGGGAGAUUGUGCAGCAGCUGAUCGAUGAGUAUCACGCUGCCACACGCCCUGACUACAUCUCCUGGGGCACACAGGAACAGUGAGUGCCCUGCCAGGAGACAGGAAGGUCCCGUGGC